AAGUUCUGGAUGAGAAUAUUCAAGGUGAUGCAAAUUUGUCAACCUUGCAAUCUAAAGCAGUUGAUACUUUCCUGGAAUCCCAUUCCAGAAGCCGUCAAUACUCUUUUCAGAUCAAGAAGUGUAUUGCAGACAACUGUGGGUAUUGUAUUCUCAAUCCUCCAAGGCAUUCCAGAUGAUGUGUUUCGUGGGCUUCACUUUGUGCCAGAUCCUACACAGGAUGAAAAUGGGCAGUACAAAGAUUUUACGCACCUGUAUGGUACGGAAACUAAUGAUAUCAAAAGACCAAGUAUGAUAGGGAAGCAUGGAGAAUCGUCGGAGAGAGACAAGAAAUUGAAAGCUGUUUUGGUUGGAACUAAGGUGAGAGGAUUUGUGUUGUGUACAGAGUGCGGAAAAAGAAGGGUCAUAUAUGCAGCCAGAAAAUUGGAUAGAACAGAGAAGAGAGCAGAACGGGUACAAGAAGAAUUACUUUAUAUUUGCAGUAAUCCUUAGUUCCCAGGGGGACAAUACCAGGAUGUCAUAAUAUGUAGACAUAACAUCACCUGCUCUUCCCCCAUUGAGACAACGUAUCACUCAGAUGUUUUAAUAUUAAGUUCACAAUUUAUAAAUUGAUUUAUUGUUUGUCUGUACAAUAAAAAGUGAAUCAUGUAAAUAUUGUGUUUUUCUACCUUCUACAUUAGCUGUGUACUUUUUAUGUGACAGGAAAAUUGCAAUUAUUCGAUACUGUAUGCUUUCACUGUGGUGACCUGGAAAUUGUCAACUCUGAAGAGAUCCGCAGACUACAAGAGAACUUUGCAAUAGUCAGACCGAUAUGUAGAAGUUGUCUAAAUACUGGGAAGCAAAUUCCCACUCGGAAUGCAAUUAAAAAACGGAGAAAUUAAGAUUUAUGUCUGUCUUAUCCUAAUAAAACAAUAAUAAAGCAGAUUUUUAUUGUUUUUGUGUAGUUAAAAAAAAAGAAGCAUUUUUUUUUACAUUUUAUUUUUAUUUUGGUCCCGACUCAUAACAUUUUGAUCUUUUAUUUUUAUUUCGUCCCCUCGACCCAACUUUUUUAGA